AUGGCUUUUGCGGAAGCCGAAUCCCGCCUCAUCAACAGCAUCCUAGUCCCGGCCCUAGAUAAAAUCAUCAAGAACAGCUCUUGGCGCAAACACUCAAAACUCGCUAACGAAUCCAAAUCAGCACUCGAACACAUCACUUCCGCCGAGAAAGCCCAUCGUCUUUCCCAUACAUCCGAAGACAACCAAUCGGAUGUUGAUCGGUCAUCACAAUCCCCUAUCAUCAACGCUUGCUCUUCCGGCAAUGUCAAGAUUGCUGAGCCAGCGCUAGAUUGUAUACAGAAGUUGAUUGCCCAUGGAUAUUUACGCGGCGAAGCGGACCCCACUGGUGGACCCGAUGCAAAGUUGUUAGCAAAAUUGAUCGAAUCAGUUUGCAAAUGUCAUGAGUUUGGAGAAGAUGGAGUGGAAUUGCUGGUGUUGAAGACAAUUUUAUCGGCAGUGACGUCUGUAUCUUUGAGGAUUCAUGGUGAUAGUUUAUUGCAGAUUGUAAGAACUAGCUAUGAUAUUUACUUAGGGAGUAAGUCUGUGGUUAAUCAGACAACGGCAAAGGCAUCAUUGGUGCAAAUGCUUGUGAUUGUGUUUAGGAGGAUGGAAGCUGAUUCAGCGUCUGUACCAGUGCAGCCAAUCGUAGUGGCAGAACUGAUGCAGCCUAUGGAGACGGGGGGAGAUGGUGAUGGAACAAUGACAGUAUUUGUUCAAGGGUUUAUUAGUAAGGUUAUUCAAGGAAUGGAUGGGGUUUUGAAUCCAGGGACUCCAGUAGGUUCAAAUGCUGGUGGUGGGGUGCAUGAUGGAGCGUUUGAGACAAAGACUUCAACCGUAGAGUCCACAAAUCCUGCUGAUUUGUUGGAUUCUACAGAUAAGGAUAUGUUGGAUGCCAAAUAUUGGGAGAUUAGCAUGUAUAAGACGGCAUUAGAGGGGCGAAAUCGGGAAUUGGCAGAUGGGGAGGGUGACAGGGAUGAUGAUGCAGAGGUUCAGAUUGGGAAUAAGCUUAGAAGGGAUGCAUUUUUGGUGUUUCGAGCUCUUUGUAAGCUAUCAAUGAAGACUCCUCCAAAAGAAGCAUUGGCAGAUCCACAGUUAAUGCGAGGAAAGAUAGUUGCUUUGGAGUUGUUGAAGAUUUUGUUGGAGAAUGCUGGGGCUGUCUUUAGAACUAGUGAAAGAUUUUUAGGUGCCAUUAAGCAGUACUUAUGCCUGUCUUUAUUGAAGAACAGUGCAUCAACCCUUGUAAUUGUAUUUCAGCUCUCUUGCUCAAUUUUCAUUAGCUUGUUAUCAAGAUUUAGAGCUGGAUUAAAGGCAGAGAUUGGAGUGUUCUUUCCCAUGAUUGUUCUCAGAGUUCUAGAAAAUGUUGCUCAACCUAAUUUUCAACAGAAGGUGAUAGUACUCCGAUUUCUUGAAAGACUAUGUGUUGUUGAUUCACAGAUCUUGGUAGAUAUAUUCGUCAACUAUGAUUGUGAUGUCAAUUCAUCCAACAUUUUUGAAAGAAUGGUCAACGGGCUGCUUAAGACUGCCCAAGGGGUUCCACCUGGAGUUGCAACUACACUUUUACCACCUCAGGAUGCUGCCAUGAAACUGGAAGCUAUGAAGUGUUUAGUAGCUGUUUUGAAAUCAAUGGGCAACUGGAUGAACAAACAAUUGCGCAUUGAGUUGGUUGAAAACACUUCUGAAAUUCUAAUUCCUCCAAUAGAAAAUGGGAUUUUAAAUGAGAAUGAAUCUGUUGACAUAUCGGAUUCUCAUUCUGAAACCUCUACUGAAGUUUCAGAUGCUUCAACAAUUGAGCAACGUCGGGCUUACAAACUUGAACUUCAGGAAGGUAUAUCUCUUUUUAACCAGAACCCCAAAAAGGGGAUUGAGUUCUUGAUCAAUGUAAACAAGGUGGGGGAUUCACCUGAAGAAAUAGCAGAGUUCUUAAAGAAUGCAUCUGGUCUAAACAAGAGUUUGAUCGGUGAUUAUCUUGGGGAAAGAGAUAAUCUACCACUGAAAGUAAUGCAUGCAUAUGUUGAUUCAUUUGACUUUCAUGGUAUGGAGUUUGAUGAGGCUAUUAGAGUCUUUUUACGUGGCUUUAGAUUGCCUGGUGAGGCACAAAAGAUUGAUCGGAUUAUGGAAAAGUUUGCUGAACAUUACUGCAAAUGCAAUCCAAAGGCCUUCAGUAGUGCUGACACAGCUUAUGCCCUUGCUUAUUCUGUUAUAAUGCUUAAUACUGAUGCUCAUAAUGACACAGUCAAGAAUAAGAUGUCAGCUGAUGAUUUUAUAAGAAAUAACCGUGGAAUAAAUAAUGGAAAGGACUUACCUGAGGAGUACCUAAGAGCAUUGUUUGAGCGUAUAGCAAAAGAUGAAAUUAAGAUGAAAGAAGACGAUUUUGCCCUUCAACAGGGGCAGUCUGUAAACUCGAAUGGGGUUUUGAGUGUAGAUGGUAUAUUGAAUAUUGUGGUGCGUAAAAAUAUUGAAGAAAAUCAAACGAAUGAGGAUCUUAUGCGACACAUGCAAGAACAGUUUAAAGAAAAAGCAAGCAAAUCAGAUGUUGUGACUGGCACUCUACCAAAUCCAUCAAUUCUUGGAUUGGUUGCUUCUGAGAGAGCUGCUCUUCCGACUGCUCGUAUUCAUCCCUUCCCCAUGAGGGCAAUCAGCCCCUUGCUUUCAUUUGAAUAUUGGCCCUCGCGCAUCACGGCUAGAUUUGAGUCACUCAUAGCUAGGGCUUUCUAUUUCAUCAGGACGGCUUCUCCUCUACUGAGCUCAUCGCCCCUUUCUAUCAGCUUCCGCUACCUGUCUGAUGAGGCACAAUCGCUUUCAAUGAAAAUUUUGCUUUCUAAAUCCGCCCUCUUCAAGCUGUCGAAUAUAGAUAGGAGAUCCACUUCAAUUUCUCUCCUCUCCCACCUCUCCAGCUUGGGAAUAGUUCUUUCUACUGGCUAUCUAUCUGUACAAUGCCAGUUCAAGCUACCUUCUGGAUGGAGCAAGAAAAGGUAUGCGCAGGCGCAGUAG